CCAGGGCCCACCGCUGUCAGCCCCACAGCGCCCAGCCUGGUGUGCUCCUCUCCUCGAGCACCGCGCGGCCAGGGGCACCGACAGCGGGGACAGAGGCGCCGCCGAGCAGACAACGCGAGCCCGGGACCCCCGCUCCAGCACAGAUGCCGGCCGCCGGGGCGGAGGGGACUCCGGCCACCUUUGGGCCCUGGGACUACGCCGUCUUCGCGCUGAUGCUGCUGGUGUCCACGGGCAUCGGGCUGUGGGUGGCGCUGGCGCGCGGCGGGCAGCGCAGCGCCGACGACUUCUUCACGGGCGGCCGCAGGCUGGGGCCGCUGCCCGUGGGGCUGUCGCUGGCCGCCAGCUUCAUGUCGGCCGUGCAGGUGCUGGGAGUCCCGUCCGAGGCCGCGCGCUACGGCAUCAAGUUCCUGUGGAUGUGCCUGGGCCAGCUGCUGUGCGCGGCGCUCACGGCCGCGCUCUUCCUGCCGGUCUUCUACCGCCUGGGCCUCACCAGCACCUACGAGUAUCUGGAGAUGCGCUUCAGCCGCGCCGUGCGCCUCUGCGGGACGAUGCAGUACCUGCUGGCCACGGUGCUCUACACCGGCAUCGUGAUCUACGCGCCCGCGCUCAUCCUGAACCAAGUGACUGGUUUGGACAUCUGGGCCUCGCUGCUGUCCACCGGCGUCAUCUGCACCUUCUACACGACUGUGGGCGGCAUGAAGGCUGUUGUGUGGACCGACGCAUUCCAGGUGGUGGUGAUGCUGAGCGGCUUCUGGGCAAUCCUGGCCCGCGGGGCCUUGCUUCUGGGCGGGCCCCGGCAAGUGUUCAUCCUGGCUCGGAACCGCUCCCGAAUCAACCUGCUGGACUUUGACCUGGAUCCUCGGAGCCGCUACACAUUCUGGACCUUCGUGGUGGGCGGUACACUGGUGUGGCUCUCCAUGUAUGGGGUGAACCAGGCGCAGGUGCAGCGCUACGUGGCCUGCAGCACGGAGCGGAAGGCCAAGCUGGCCAUCCUCAUCAACCAGCUGGGUCUGUUCCUGAUUGUUGGCAGCGCCGCCUGCUGCGGCGUCAUCAUGUUCGUCUUCUACAGCGACUGCGACCCUCUGCUCACCGGGCGCAUCUCCGCCCCAGACCAGUAUAUGCCCCUGUUCGUGCUGGACAUCUUUGAGGACCUGCCCGGCGUGCCCGGGCUCUUCCUGGCCUGCGCCUACAGCGGCACCCUCAGCACGGCGUCCACCAGCAUCAACGCCAUGGCAGCGGUGACCGUGGAGGACCUCGUCAAGCCGUGCCGGCCCGGCCUGUCGCCCCGUCGCCUCGUGCUGGUCUCCAAGGGCCUGUCGCUGCUCUACGGCUCUGCCUGCCUCUCCGUGGCCGCCCUGUCCUCCCUGCUGGGGGGCGGUGUUCUGCAGGGCUCCUUCACGGUCAUGGGCGUCAUCAGCGGCCCACUGCUCGGGGCCUUCGCGUUGGGGAUGUUCCUGCCUGCCUGUAACACCACGGGCGUCCUCUUCGGGCUGGGCUCUGGUUUCUUGCUCUCCCUCUGGGUGGCCUUGGGCGCCACGCUGUACCCGCCCAGUGAGCAGAUCAUGGGCGUCCUGCCAUCUUCGGCCGCAGGCUGUCUGGUCCCCUCCAGCAAUACCUCAGUCCUUCUGGAUGCGCUUCCCACUCUCAACGGCUCCAGGCGACCCUCUUGCCUCAGCCUCUUGAACGCUGAGAUGACGGGCUUCGGCUCCAGCUCCGCGGAGGACCCGGGGCGGCCUACCCUGGCUCACAGCUUCUACGCUAUCUCCUACCUGUACUACGGAGCCCUGGGCACACUCACCACCAUGCUGUGCGGGGCCCUGGUCAGCUACCUGACUGGCCCUACCACGCGCAGCAUGCUGGGCCCCGGGCUGCUCUGGUGGGACCUCACACGGCAGACGGCAUCCGUGGCCCCCAAGGAAGAAGUGGCCACCCUGAAUGAUGGCCUGAGUCCAGAAGAAAUUCCUGCAGAAGCCAAGAGUGCCUGCGACUUCCGGCCCACGGAGGACAACUGCCCGCUCUUUCUUCGGCUUGAGGGAAAGGGGACCGGCCCCCGGGCACCCUGCAGUGGCAAAGGCUGGGUCCUGGACUAUGAGACCAAUCUCUAAGGGCGAGGCCAGCACUGGGAGAGACCUCUGGAUGGCCCAAUCCCAGGGCAUGGCCAGAGCCUCCCAUGCACUCCUAUUGGCGGGACAGCACUCUAUGCAAAUAACUUUGGGAAGGCAUAGUCCCCAGCCAAGAGAGGAGGUGAGGCCCCGCCCUGGGAAGUGAUUGUACAGCCCAAGUUGAGGGGAGAGGUUGUGGAAUACUACUCAGCAAGGAAAAAAACAGCAUGUUCAGGGUGGCAGGAGCCGGGUCACGUGGAGAGCAUGAGUUUCUGUGGCUGCUAGAACAAAUCACCAUUGGCUGAGUGCAGAAAACAACAUAUAGAGUUCUCUGGGAGUUUGGGAAUCAGAAGUCCAAAGUCAAGGCAACUACAGUAUCAGGCUUUUAAGAACUCUAAGACAGACAGUCCCAGCCUCCUUCCCGCUUCUGGCAGCUGCUGGCAACCCCUGGCCACCUCAGUUUCCCUUGCAAUUAAUAUCCUUCAUUAAAGUGCUCUGUUCACUGGAGAAA